AUGAAGUGGUGUAGCACAUACAUUAUUAUAUGGCUCGCCAUUAUAUUCCAUAAGUUUCAGAAGUCCACAGCCACUGCAUCCCAUAAUAUAGAUGAUAUUCUACAGUUGAAAGAUGACACCGGUGUGAUAACAGUGACCGCUGACAACUACCCACUGUUAAGCCGUGGUGUCCCAGGUUACUUCAAUAUCUUGUACAUCACAAUGAGGGGUACAAACAGUAACGGCAUGAGUUGCCAACUAUGCCAUGAUUUUGAAAAAACCUAUCACGCAGUGGCCGAUGUAAUUCGCUCGCAGGCCCCACAAUCACUAAAUUUGUUUUUUACAGUGGAUGUCAACGAAGUACCACAAUUGGUCAAGGAUUUAAAGUUGCAAAACGUACCUCAUCUUGUGGUAUAUCCGCCAGCAGAAAGUAACAAGCAAUCUCAGUUCGAAUGGAAAACAUCACCUUUUUAUCAGUACUCUUUGGUACCUGAAAAUGCGGAAAACACUUUACAAUUUGGCGAUUUUCUGGCUAAAAUACUCAAUAUUUCGAUAACGGUUCCUCAAGCCUUCAACGUUCAGGAAUUUGUUUAUUAUUUUGUUGCGUGUAUGGUAGUUUUCAUCUUUAUUAAGAAAGUAAUUCUACCGAAGGUAACUAAUAAAUGGAAGCUUUUCUCCAUGAUAUUGUCAUUAGGCAUACUUCUACCAAGUAUUACUGGUUACAAGUUUGUGGAAAUGAAUGCUAUCCCUUUCAUUGCACGUGAUGCUAAGAAUCGUAUAAUGUAUUUUAGCGGUGGUUCAGGAUGGCAGUUCGGUAUAGAGAUUUUUUCUGUAUCAUUGAUGUACAUUGUGAUGUCCGCACUGUCUGUGCUUUUAAUUUAUGUGCCCAAAAUCUCGUGUGUAAGUGAAAAAAUGAGAGGACUAUUGUCGUCAUUUUUGGCAUGUGUUCUAUUCUACUUCUUUUCUUAUUUCAUUAGUUGUUAUUUGAUAAAGAAUCCAGGGUACCCAAUUGUUUUUUAA